GGCGUUACUAUAUACCCGGAGACCUGUUAUGAUUGCCAGUUGAAAUUUUUUUACCUUUUUUACCGGGAGGCUUAUUCAUUGUCUCCGCCGCCGCCUCAUUGUCGUUCCAAGUGAAAACGUGGUGCCAACGUUGUAUGUUAUACCUAACCUGGGAGGGAUUUUUACAGCAAGAACACAGCCAAAGUCUCUAUAAGCUCGGGCCCAUGUUGAAGAUCCUCGAUCAAAUGUUAAAUUAAUCCCAAUCUUUGACCUUUUUGUUUUUUUAAUUUUCACGUCGUGAGUGUCUUAUCUGGGUCUUCCAAGAACCCGACCAACAAUUCAAGAAUGCGCCUUUCUCUAUCUAUCUGAUGAGAUAUGGCUCUGAGGGCCGUGCCAAUCUGGGGGUGUUGCGCGAAGCGACGACAACAUUGUUCUGUGUACGCUAAAAGAUCCGAGUGUCAGGCGGGUGUUUCCGAGGUUGGGUUCUUGAAUUCGGGCGUGGAGAGGAAAUGGCGGUGCUCGGCUGUCCUGGUGGAGAAGCCAUUGACGCUAUCUGGUGUUGCUUCACUGCCUGGUGGGAGUGGGGUUGAAGAAGAGGAGCCUCAGAUCGCUAAACCCAGUGGAUUUCACAGGGAUUUGCAAUCUCUUCCAAAACCAUUGACCGCGGCUGAUUUUUCUUCUUAUCCUAACGAUGCCUCAAAUGUCCGGGUUGCUUAUCAGGGAAUUCCCGGUGCAUAUGGUGAGGCGGCUGCACUUAAAGCAUAUCCAAGUUGUGAGACCGUUCCAUGUGAGCAAUUCGAGGCUGCAUUUCAGGCAGUUGAACUUUGGCUAGUGGACAAAGCGGUGCUUCCCAUCGAGAACUCUUUAGGGGGUAGCCUCCACCGUAAUUACGAUUUGCUCCUUCGUCACAGGCUGCAUAUAGUCGGUGAAGUUCAGUUGGUAGUUAAUCACUGCCUUUUAGGUCUUCCCGGAGUUAGGAAGGAGGAACUAAAACGUGUCUUGAGCCACCCCCAGGCACUUGAUCAAUGCGAAAUGACUCUGAAUAAGUUGGGUGUUGUUAGAGUCAAUGUCAACGAUACCGCAGGUGCUGCCCAGAUGAUAGCCUUGGAAGGAAUGAGAGACACGGGAGCAGUAGCAAGUGCUCGAGCUGCAGAAAUCUAUGGCCUUGAUAUCCUUGCAGAAUACAUUCAGGAUAUCUCCAGCAAUAUUACCCGUUAUCUGAUACUUGCAAGAGAACCGAUAAUACCAGGAACAGAUAGGCCAUAUAAGACUAGCAUCGUUUUCACCCUAGAAGAAGGACCCGGAGUUCUAUUCAAGGCGUUAGCAUGCUUUUCUCUGAGAGGCAUUAAUUUGUCGAAGAUUGAAAGCCGGCCACAGAGAAAAAAUCCAUUAAGAGUAGUUGAUGCUUCCAAAGGAAGUGUCAAGUACUUCGAUUACUUGUUUUACAUAGACUUUGAAGCAUCUAUGGCUGAACCCCGUGCACAAUUCGCUUUGGGACAUUUACAGGAAAUUGCAAGAUUCCUUCGAGUCCUUGGUAGCUACCCUAUGGACACUGCUUUAUAAACGCCCGAUUUCUAGUGAUCAACAUGAGAGGAAGUUUAAUGCCUUCCCUGCUGUUUGGUAGGAUAUGCAGUCUAAUGGAGGAUUUAAGCUGUACAUAUAAUCCUGUCAGAAUCAGGAGCUGAGCUGGUGUUUUCCUUGAUUAAAACUGGGUUUUUAUUCCAUUCUUCCAUAUUCUUUUUUUUUAUUUUUUUUUAUUUAUUUUUUUUAACUGUAUAUUAAGUUUUAGAGAUUCUCAUGGGCCAUAUGGAUCGGAAUGAAUAUGAUUUCAACAUUAGCAGUAGCAGUAAAUUUGAUUUGGAAAGAUGCA